AUGUUGAUCACAUUUAUAAUACGAGCCCCGCAUCGCGGCCGUUUGCACGUAUUCUUCAUUCAGACUGACCUGGCAAUCAGUUUCCAGGAUAGAGCUGGUGCUAUCCAGAUAUGGAAUAUGAUUCAAGAAGUCAACAAAAAUAGGUUUAUAUUCGAAUUGUUGGCAGUGUUAGUGCAGCCUUGCGAUGCACCAUGGGCGAUAGCUCGCCGAGGUCGAAUGGGAGCCAUACGCCAACAAGUUCAUCUCGACGAGCUUCGAAGGAUCGAUCUCUGUCCGCUGACAGUAGCAGAAGUAGCCGAACAGCAUCUUGGGCCACCCCCGAGGACGAAGUUAGCAACGGCGCCUCUCAUCCCCUACCCAACUGUCAGUAACCUGGUUGAUGUAGUGCUGUCGUUGAAGGAAGCCGGCGAGAAAUUCCCCAUAACGUAUCAUCGCCGAGUUGUGGAUGAGGUCACGUCACCCGAGUGGAAGUCGAGUCUCCGGAAGGCGUUCCAUGAUGCGGAAGCCACUGGAGAUGAGGAGGCCUGUGCAGCAACAGCGAGCGUGGUACGAGCGUUGAUUGCUCAGAACGAACCAGAUGUUCUAUAUAGUCUCAUCCAAACUGAUGACAUUUACAUGGACAUCCUGGGAAUGCUUGAGCAUGAUGCUACAUACCGUCAAGUGAAGCACAGAUCGUUUCUAAGCCAGUACCAUCCCCCGUCCAAUCGAGUAUGCUUCCCCCCGACCAUCCUCGACUGUGUCCAUCUCAACUAUCGUGUGGGAUAUCUAAGGGAUUCUGUGUUGGCUGCAUUGAUCGAUGAGCAGUCCUUCACAACUUUCGCAUCAUUACAAUAUUCUAACAGUUUGACCAUUCUGGACUAUAUCUGCAAGAACUAUGGAACAAUUUUCUCCAAUCUAUUCCCAAAAGAGGAUGAGCGACGGGUUGAUGAAAAGCAGUGGAAAGAGGAUAGGAAUAAUGGCAUCAAAUUCGUGCUGGAAGUGCUCACGAUGUGUCGGUUGAUGCCGCCUCAGGACAGGAAGGAGACGUUGGAUAUAAUGAAGCGUCAAGAGGUGUUCGAGCCGAUUCUGAAGGCUUGCAAGGAUGCUAUCGCGGAGAUGGAUGAUGUUGGCGCAGAUGUGGCGGUUGAUAUAUUGGUCAACUUAUCGAUGGCUUGCCCGGUGGCGAUAUGGGACUUCUGCGACUCUGAGGGAGAUGGAAGUGGGCAGUCGGCUGCGAAUGGCACCGAUACGGCUGACCAGGUCGAUACUCCUGGCGAUAACCAAAGUGCUCAUCUCCCUCUACCUUCCCUCUUGGUCGGGUUACUAUCUGCGCGACCUAAUUGUGACAAACUCACUGACGAGGGGCUCUUAUCGCAGAUAAGGGACAUCAUACAACUACUACUGGAGCCAGCAGUUUCUGACGCAGCUUUGGGUGAGAGUUUGAUGACGACUAUGUACUCUGAAAAUGGCCUGGUAUCGACAUUACUGAGGGUUUUGAGCAACCCGUCCGGUCGGACGCCGUACGGGGUCUGUGCUUGCUAUGAGCUCUUGGCUUACUGUGUCAAGAUGCAUAAAACUGGCCGGGCAAGAUAUCUGCUGAGCCGCCGUAUCGGCUCUGUUGUGGAGUGGAUAACUCGAAAUGUUCGAAAUUUGGACACUGAUUUGUCCGCUCCAAAAAUAGUCGUUGUGGCCGGUCUACGCCUCGCUCUUUCGAUGUUGUACACCAAGGAUCCGAUCUUUGGAUCGAGUCUAGAUAAAUUAAUUCCAGUCAUUUUGGAGUACCUGCACGCACGAGCGGAGACUGGGAGAUCCGGUGGUUUGAUACCAAAUUUGUGUCUCGGGAUAGUAUAUGAGAUCAGGAAUUUCGAAUCACUCCUCCGUAGUACAUUAAGAAACCCCACGACAUACUCCUAUUUACAGAACCUGGAUAACACUGCGAUACAAAGUUUAACGCUGCAGGCGAGGCCGAACGAUGAGUUCCGGAAUAAAACAGCAGCUCUUCCCGACACUGCUGCUGAAGCGGACAGAUUUGGAGAAGAUCGCGAAGAGGAACACUGGUUCGAGUCAGAUGACGGUGACGAGGAGGACGAGGAUGUCGGGGAACGCAAGGCCACCUCGGCGGAGAAAGGGCGCAACUACUUCCAGGACUCUCCGCGGCCGAAUAAGAAAACUUCAGGCUCAAUGUUGGCAUCGCCAAUUGAGGAGAGACGAACUCCCCGGAAGGAGUCCAAUGCGGUGGCUAGUUUGCUGGAACAGUACCUGGAGGACAUCGAUGAUGAUGAGCAGGAAGAUAUGCGACAGCCGAGUAAGAGGUUGAAGAUGUCCUUUGAUGAGGAAGAGUUCGUUGGUUCGGACAAUGUGGAGCAACGGGGCUUGUUCCAGGAACGAAAGGAAACCAUACCUGGAGCUUAUUCGAUGAGCUGUGUGCCUAACCUGGUUACGGACGGGUUGAACGUGGAGGACUCCGACUCAGAAGAUGAAGAAUAGACAAGGCCUCAGUGAUCUGAUAUCGUACCAUUAUUAGCUGGGCAGGGGUCACCUUGGUUAUUGCAAGUCUAAUAGCCCUGGAGUGCGUGCGACUAUUAUUUUCUUCGUCCCGUUACCACCUCCAUUGAUCGAGGGACUCUCUCGGGAGGUUCUACUAGUGCUGAUAGCUCUUUCAUCGGCGCAUAUGAAUGUGCCCUGUAAAUUAGCCUGGUGUUCGGCGUCUGCUACUGUUACAGUUCGCAAUUAUCACUAUGAAUGGUAACGCUCUCAUUAUCAUCAUUGAUACGUUUACUCCAUAGUCACGUUACCGGAGGGUCAC